AAGUGGAAGCACCCCCUCCACCGCCACCAACAAACUCACUCGCAUCCUAAAUUGCAAUAUGGGGUGGCAUCAGAUCCUCCUCCGCCUCCUCCUCUGUUUCCACUUUUUCAUGCAUGCCUCCCUCCGCUUUGCUUCGCCCCUUUGCCCUCCUGACCAACGCGAUGCCUUGCUCCAUUUUAAGAAUUCCUUCAUGCUUGAUAGCGUGGAAUCGAACUCUUGUGAUCGGGAUGGCCAUGUCGUGUCUUAUCCGAAGACAAACUCAUGGAAUAAGGGCGUGGACUGCUGCUCGUGGGACGGCAUCACUUGUGACGGUGUCACUGGCAACGUCAUCGGUCUCAAUCUUACUUGCAGUCGGCUUCAUGGCGCUCUCCAUUCCAAUAGCUCCCUCCUUCUCCUUCGCCAUCUUCGGAGCCUCAACCUUUUCGGCAAUAACUUUGUUGGCUCACACAUUUCGCCUAAUUUGAGUACUUUUGCAUCAUUGACUCAUCUUAAUCUCUCUAGUUCAGCUUUUUCAGGCACCGUUCCCAGUGAAAUCUCUCACCUUUCCAAGUUGGUGUCACUUGAUCUCUCUCACAAUUAUAAUUUCGACUUCUACUCGUUCUCAUUCUCUACACUCAGGUUGGAAAACUCGAUCCUCACUGUGCUUGUUCGGAAUCUAAUGACGUUGAGAAAGCUUGUUCUUGAUGAAGUAAACAUGUCCAUGGUUUCACCAAAGCCCUUUGCGAACUUAUCUUCUUCUUUGACUUAUUUGAGCACUAGUGGUUGUUCCUUAGGGGGGAUAUUUCCGGAUACUGUUUUUCGAUUACCGAGCCUCACUUAUCUCGAUUUAAGUAACAAUUAUAAAGUGUCUGGGAUUCUUCCCAAAUCCAAUUGGACCUGUCCUCUCGAGUCUUUGUCUCUCUGGAUUACGAGCUUUUCGGGAGAAAUACCCGAUUCAAUUGGUACCUUGAAGAGUAUAACAAUUUUAGACCUUACAGAGUGCAAAUUCACAGGACAUGUCCCAUCAUCAUUGGUAGAUCUCAAGCAACUCCAAGUCCUAUGUAUUGGUGGGAAUAGCUUCACCGGUGAGAUCCCCUCUAUGAUUUACCAGUUGAGUUCACUCAUAAGUUUGGAUUUGUCUAACAAUAGUCUCUCUGGGAAUAUGCCGUCAUGUUUUGGUAAUAUAACCAAUCUCCAGUAUCUACACUUGAGCAGCAAUAAAUUACAAGGACCGUUACCGCGUUCCCUCGUCAAAUGUGUGAACUUAUCGACACUAGCUCUCGGUGGCAAUGAGUUCAGUGAUUUCUUCCCACAUUGGCUGGAUGCACCACAACUCAAUUACCUUGAUUUGCAAUCGAACAAAUUUCAUGGUAGGAUCAACCUUACUGCCUUUAAACUCUCUUUCCCCACUCUUGCAAUUCUACUUAUUUCCAACAACAAUUUCACUGGACGGUGGCCCACAGAGUUUUUCUCAAACACCUCAUUAUAUAUAAUGGAUUUGUCCAACAACAAGUUUGGAGGGCCAAUUCCACUUCCAUCUCCCGUCACAUUUUAUUAUGCUAUUGCAAGUAGUAAGUUAGCUGGAAAGAUCCCAUCUUUGAUAUGCAAUUUCGCAAGGCUUGAGAUCAUUGACUUGUCCAACAACAACUUAACAGGUAGCUUGCCUCGAUGCUUAACAAAUUUUAGCACCGAUCUAUCAGUUUUGAACUUGCGAAUGAAUUACCUCGAGGGCGCAAUUCCUCGAUCUUUUUCUUCGAUAAGUAGCUUGACGACUCUUGACUUGAGUCGAAAUCGAUUUGAAGGCACAAUACCUCGGUCGCUUGUUAAAUGUUGGCAACUUGAAGUUUUGGAUCUCAGUGAUAAUCGGAUAGAGGAUACAUUUCCAAGAUGGUUGGGAACACUCCCAGAACUAAAAGUUCUCGUUUUGAGGUCCAACAAUCUGAGGGAUCUUUUGGAUAUUCCUAGAGGAGCUCACAUCUUUCCCAAGUUACACAUUUUGGACCUCUCCAACAACAACUUUAGCGGUCCUUUGCCAGCCAACUUGAUAAUGAUCCUUAGAGCCAUUGUGAAUGGCGAAAAUGCGCAGGACGAAUCAUUAUAUAUGACACGGUUUCUUGGGGAAUGGAAUACGAGUACCCUAUCGAGGUUAUAUGAAAAUUCCGUGACCUUGACCAUGAAAGGGCAAGAGAUUGAGCUAGUGAAGAUCGUAACCUUCCUCACAAUUAUUGACUUAUCGAACAACUCUUUCCAAGGGGAUAUUCCCGGAGUAAUUGGACAUCUUCACUCUCUUGUAGGUCUCAACCUUUCUCAUAACCACUUUACAGGUUCCAUCCCUCCGACUUUAGGGAACUUGACUAAUCUUGGAUGGCUAGAUCUUUCUUCGAACAAGCUUAGUGGGGCAAUUCCUAGAAAAUUGGGAGAUUUGGCAUCCCUUGGGUACUUAAACCUCUCGAACAACCAGCUCACCGGUCGAAUUCCUCAAGAUAAGCAAUUGAGCACAUUUUCAAGUGACUCGUUUAGUGGGAAUCCGAGCUUAUGUGGAACUCCAUUGCAAAAAGCAUGCCUUGGCGAUGCUCAACCUCCUCCACCAUCGUCCUCAUCAACUUUCGACUGCGAAGGGCGUGAGAGUUGGUUCAAACAUAAAACAAUGUGGAUAGGUUAUUCAUCGGGGCUCGUAAUUGGGAUUUCGCUAGCAUACAUUGCAUUUGAAACGGAAAGACCAAAAUGGCUUACGCGAGGUGUGAGAAUGCUGGAGAGAAGAGCAGUCGAGUGGACGGAGAAACCAAAGUGGAAGGCCAUCAAAUUUUAUGGACAAUGAAAUUGUUUGAGGAGUUGUCUUUGUAAACUAGCAUUGUAAAUUCAGUUAAUAAAGAUGUCUCCAUGUGAGAUUGAAAUGGCAUUUCCCUUACGAAGGCUUGUUUGCAAUGUCUUCUCUCCAUGUUUCUCGGUGCAAUUGUAUAUUGGUUGAAUUGAGAAGAUGAAUAAUAUGAU